AUGACUUUCUUUGUCCUGCAGGAGGUGAAGCAGUUCUAUGAGGACUACCAGCAGAUAAAGCAACAGCAGAAGGAAGAAGCUGAAGCAGAACAGGAAGCUGUCAGCAGAGAGAAAAGGCCAAAGGCCAAGAAACCCAAACAGGACUUUCCUGUGUACCAGCCUUCUUCAGAGACCCAGAGAUACCAGAAGUAUGAGCAGACCACGUCCAUUGAGGACAUCGAAAACCAGAUGGAUGACUGGCUUCAGGACCGCAAAGCUGCCAAGAAGGAGGCUGCCAACUGGACAGAGGACGAUUUGAGUGUUCUCAGUAGGUUGAUGGUUAAAUUCCCAGGAGGAUCGCCAGGUCGAUGGGAAAAGAUCGCUCAGGAGCUUGGACGCUCGGUUUCUGAUGUGACGACUAAAGUCAAACAGGUGAAAGACAGCGUUACCCAGACGUCAGGUCUGGUAAAGCUCUCUGACCUAAAGGCCCCGCCUCCUCCUGUGAGCUUACUUCCUGUGAAUGAAGGUGUUUGGACUCCAGGUGUGAGGGCUGCUUAUGAGGAUGAAGAGGAGGAAGCAGCUCUUGCGGUUCGAAGGAGGACCAGGAAGACUUCAGCAGCAGAUGGUGGGGAAGGGAAGGUCAGAGGUCAUAGACAGAGAGACUUUGACCUGACAGCUGUGAACGAGGAUGAGGCGGAGCCACAGGAGAUCAAAGAGAAACCAAACUCAGCAGCUUGGACUCAGAACCAACAGAAACUGCUGGAACUGGCUCUGCAACAGUUCCCCCGAGGAACCGCAGAACGCUGGGACUGCAUUGCUAAGGUGGUCCCAGGAAAGACCAAGGAGGAGUGUAUGAUCCGAUACAAGAUGUUGGCGGAACUUGUUCAGAAGAAGAAGCAGGUGAAGAGCUGAUGACCUUUGACCUCCUGACAGGUGAAGGACUGAUCACCUGCUCAGGUCACCUGACC